AUGCAACCAAAUAUUUAUCCAUUUUAUUUUUUAGCCCCUGGGCUUAUACGUUCACACAGAGCUCAGUAUAAUGAAAUUAAACGGACAGAUAUGGCAAGUCAGCAAAAAGUUGAGUCAGAUACGUCAGUGAUACCUUAUACCGAUUCUGAUGACUCAAUAUCAGAUUCGUUAAGAGAGAAAUAUAAAGGGUAUAGGCGUAAAAAAGGCCUGGAAAGUACCAAAGUUAGUUCUUCGAAAGGUGCCGAACCUAGCAGUAACAUUACCAGAAAAAACAGAAAAAAGUUAAGGAAAAGUCAGCGGGUUUCUGAUAGCGAAGAUUCAGAUGAUGAAGUCAAACAAGGGGAUUUAAGAAAAAAUUGUCAGAUUUCUGAUAACGAAGAUGCAGAUAAUAAAAUUAGACGAAAGGAUUCAAGAAAAAAUUGGUGGGUUGAAGAUGCGAAUAAUAAAGUUAAACGAAAGGACUCCAGAAAAAAUCAGCAGAUUUCCGAUAGCGAAGAUGUAGAUGAUGAUGUCAAACAAGGGGAUUCAAGAAAAAAUUGUCAGAUUUCCGAUAACGAAGAUGCAGAUAAUAAAGUUAGACGAAAGGAUUCAAGAAAAAAUCGGUGGGUUGAAGAUGCGGAUAAUAAAGUUAAACGAAAGGACUCAAGAAAAAAUCAGCGAAUUUCUGAUAGCGAAGACAUGAUAAUGAUAACAAGCCGAAAAAGAUCAAAAAAUCGACAACUGAAUUCCGAUGAGGGUAAACGAAAAAGGGCAGAAGAAAAUAGUAGUUUUGAAACUGAAGAAGAAAGUAUUGAAAAAGAAAGUCGCCGACAUUCCAAUAGACCGUUGAUUAAUGCUGAAUCCGUUGGAUUCAAGCGGUACAAUAAUUUGAACGAAAUGGAAAAGGAUUUGAAAGAAGCUUUACGUUUAAAUAAAUUCUACAGUUAUUAUUGUUUAUUUUUAAUGCCGGAUGAAAGCCAAUUAGACAGAAGUAAAACGUUCGAAUCUCAAAAGAAGAUAGUAAUUGAAAGAAUAAUUCCAACGAUCAAACAACUCUUAGAUCCUAAUAUUUACCCGAUAAGCGAGAAUGUUAUAUAUCAAAUUAUAAAGAGGAGACAUCAAAGCCAACGGAAUACAUACAGAAUAAACAACAAGGAUGAAGAAGAGAAAAAAAAAGAAUUAAAAAGAAAACAUAGAAAUACACGUCGAUCAGAGGCGAAAGAGGACGAAAGUGAUAAACAACCUAAAAAAGAUCCAGAAGAGUCGGAUGAAGAUAAUAAUAUUAUCGUGAAAGACCUUACCUGGCGUUCGGACACUGAUGCAAAAGAAGUAAAACGAGUUCGAACAUAUGGUGACCAUAUAGCAGACGAACGAAAACCCGUUGAGGCACCAAAAUGGACACUUAAGGGAUAUAAUGGUGAACUUAAAAGGGCUGUGUCAAUUGCUUGUGACGAAUAA